GAUCUCUGCCCGUCGCCAUCGGAGUCAGUCGCCAAAGUUCAGGUUGGUCGGUCCGUCGGUCGGUCGGUUUCUGUGUUAGUGUUUGUGUUGAUUUUCCUUACACGCGCGGCUAGUCAGCCACGGCCAAGCAGAUUUCACCUCAACCCCUCCGGUGGUAAUCAUUCUGUCUGUCAGUGAAAAUACCGCGAUUCGCUGUCGCUGGAAAGCCGUAAAUACGACGACGCACGGUGGUCGGUGUGGUAGUAGUGGCAGCGGAAUUGGAAAACUCCCGCGCCAGUCAAUCGGUGGAUAGUGGCUUAAAAGAUUGGUGAAAAGUGUCGUCGGCAGCAGCAGUGUUCAGUCGCAGUUUGAACAGAUUAAAACGAAUUUGGUGUGAGUUUCUCUUCGUGCUUCUUUUAUCAACGUAAACAAAGAACGGGGUGACGGAGCAUCCUCAGACAGCAAAAGUUUCUAGAAACCGUAAUCCCUUUUACGGGUGAUGCUGAUGAUAAAACGGAUUCAACGAUACUGAAAAUACUGAAAAGGGGUGAAGGAAACUUCUAUCGGAAAGUUUUACGUCAAACGGUGGUAAACAAGUGAGAAGUGAAAGCGAGAAAAAUAUUCAGUCAGGUUAAUGGAUAACAAGAAGAAAGGUGCAAUUUAGUAUUUUCUGCUCUUCGAAGAUCGUCGCUGAUUAAAGGUGUUAUUAAACGAAGGUAGACGUCUGAAGUCUUUAAUUCAAAUUCAUUAAAGAUGAAAAGAAACUAGUGUCUUCACCGACGAAAGUGGAAACAAUUUUUCAAUAGCUUUUUUACCCCCACAAGAUUAAUUGUACCGAUGAAAAGCAGCAAAUGAUUGAAAAAAUCGUGUGAAUAGUGAUAAAAGAUGUGAGUUCUUUUUGUGCAAUCCUGGAAAAAAUAACCCGGAUUAUUUAUCACUUCACGUGGAUAAACCGAGCGGAGGAAGAAUCUUGUUUUUUCAUCUGAGUGGAAAGAGUGCGAGCAACAACAAAAAAAAUUGCGGGUGUCAACGGAAAUUCAAUUUGCAGUUUCGCCACCGCAUUCGAAAUUCAACGGUGGAAAACCGCUGGAGUGAGGAGGCAAGGAGGAAACGUAACGAAGAAGUGAGAAUUUUGUAAAUGAAACGAAACACGAUCGAGUCGAUCGGCCGAAACUAGGAAGAAAUCAAACUCUUAAUUGGAUUAUAACUUUUGGUCCGGAAGGAGGCGGGAAACGAUCCGGCCGCGUGCCAACAGCAAAUAAGUGGAUCGCUAGAGCGAGCGGGAGACGGACGGAGACGAAAAAAGAGAACGACCGUGAUAAAGGGCUCUAAACUAAAACAACAGCACCACGAAACAGCGUCCAUCGCAUCGUCACCAUCCCCGACAGCAAAGAUAACAACACUCGCCAACCCAUAGAGCCCUGCUAGCUGUUUUGCUGCAUACAUUCAGGCAUCCACCCGAUCCUGCGCUCUGCUUCUUCCUUUGCGCACCCUUCCCACCCCAAAUCCCCUCAAAUGAUAAGCAUCGACACACCGGAUGCAAACAGCCGACUACAAUCGUUCCCCUCAUCAACGUCAGCCGCAGUUUCGACGGCCAUCGCACAGAACCGUUUCCCGGUAGAGUUACCGAGCGAGGAGAACGUUGCGUUCCGGGAUAGUCAGCAGUCCAGUACGCACGUCACCCCCAGUACCACCACUGCCGUCAGCGCGAGUUCCACAUUCAAUAACGGCAACAGCAGCAACAGCAGUAGCUCCAACCGAGGGGACACCGAAAAUAACAAGAUGACCAGUGCAGCGGCCGUUACCGCAGCAGCCAACAAAGCAGUCGCUGCACUCAUGGAGUACCGGCAGAGGCAAGCGUUGCAGCAACAGCAACAACAACAUCAGCAGCAGCAGCUGAACAAUAAUCACAUGGUCCAGGGGAUGGGACCGUUUCAAGGUGCCGCCGGGUUCCCACCGACCAUGACACAGACCGGGCUCGCCACCGCCGACGGGCUGUCGAUGCAAAUGGUCAAGGGAGCCGGUGCGGCUGGCGGCGGUAUGGCCGGCGGAGGCGGAGGCCUUUCGGCGGCAGUUGCCAUGACGGAACAUCCGCUCAGUAGUCUCAAACAGCAACAUGAACUCAGCCAACAUCACCACCACCAUCAGCAGCAACAGCAGCAGCAGCAUCAGCAACAACAACAGCAGGCAGUUGCAGCUGCCGCCGCCGCUCAACUGGCUAACUCACAGUCGCUCAGAAAUACCGUCAGCCAGUACAGCUCGCCAUCAGUAUUAGGCGUACCGCCGGGAAGUAUCCCACCGCCCACAUCACUAGCAGCCGUCUCGCUGGCGUCGCUAUCGGCAGUGGUGACCAGCAGCAGCAGCAGCAGUACGGCCAGCGGACUCACCAGUAGCCCUGUGGUUGCUGGAACCACCAUCGGUGGUACCGGAGCCGGAUCAACAGCAGUCAGUGCCAUCACCAGCGGAGCGGGAAUCUCGAACGGAAUUGAACAACAGACUGUUAGUAUUAAGACCGAAUUAUUGCAGCAAACGGAACCAGAAACGCAAGUCUCAAGUGCCAACAACAACAACAACAACAACAACAUCAACAACAGCCAGAGUAGUAACACGCCAACGGGCCAGUCAAUGGUCUCAGUCGUAGCCGCCAGCUCGAUAGCCUCCGGAAGUCCCACCAGCUGCAGCAGUAGUCCCGGAGGUGCAGGCAGCAGCUCCGGUUUGACCAGCGGGUGCAGUACCAUGACCACGACCGCUUCCGGAACGGUUGCACUCAGUACGGCCGUCCAGCAGCUGUCUGCUGUGGCAGCAGCAGCCGCUGCCGCCGCCGCACAAAGUCAAGCUGUCCAACAACAUCAGCAGCAGCAGCAACAGCAGCAGCAACAACAACAACAGCAAGCUCAAAAUGUGGCCGCAGCUGUGGCAGCCGCCAAUGCACUGGCCGAUGCCAAAGGACAACCAAAGCGACUUCACGUGUCGAACAUACCGUUCCGAUUUCGGGACCCGGACCUGAGGACCAUGUUUGGGCAACACGGUACCAUCCUGGACGUGGAGAUCAUUUUCAACGAGCGCGGCAGUAAGGGAUUCGGUUUUGUAACAUUCGCUAAUAGUAGCGAUGCGGAGCGAGCACGCGAACGUCUUCACGGCACUGUGGUUGAGGGACGCAAGAUUGAGGUCAAUAAUGCAACCGCACGCGUUCAAAGCAAAAAAGUUCCAGCUGUUUCGAGCGUUUUCCUGGCAAAACCUGGCGCCGUAGCGGCUCCUCAUCUGGCAGCAGCCGUCUGCGUACCGUGGCCACCAGAAGGUUACCGUCUGUCCAUGGGCGGCUGGCCAUGGUUGGGAGCAACGGCAGCUACCGUAGGUGCAGCAGGUGCUCCGACAGCGCACCUGGCCGCGGCAGGUGGACCCACAUCGGCCGCAGCCCACGCAGCAGCAGCGGCUGCGGCAGCAACGAAUCCAGCGGCGGCCGCAGUCCACGCAGCAGCCGCUGCCAAUCAGCUACCGAAUGCAGCGGCCGCGGCAGCAGCAGCCGCUUCGCCUCUGCUAAUGGCUCAAGCCGCGCAACGAGCUGCGGUCGCUGCCCAGCGGCGAAGUGUGUACUUUGAUCCAUACCUGGCAGCCGCAGCAGCAGCAACCGCCGACCAAAACUAUCGUCUACAGGCAGCCAAACCCGUGACGGAGGUUCAAGCUCAACAGACCAUUUUGAACGCACAGCCGCUGCUUAAGACGCCGCUUUCGCAAGCUCAGCAGGCCUACAAUGCCGCGACAUAUACGGCUGUAGCCGCCCGAGCUGCCUAUGGAGCAGCGGCCGCAGCACAACCAGCCGUAGCAGGAUACGCUACUGUUGCUGGAUAUGGACGUGAAUAUGCUGACCCAUAUCUAGGUCAUGGAAUCGGACCGGUUCCCGGAUACGGGGCAACCAUGUACCGAGGAACCUACAAUCGCUUUGCGCCAUAUUAAAUUUAAGCAGAACAUUUAUUACGUUCAUCGUCACAUCUCGCUGCCAGGCGAGAUUUCUCUAGUUCUGAAAGUAAAUUCAAACACAAAAACAAAUCUGCGUUAACAGCGCACUCCCCAUAGGUCUGCUCGCCAGAAUCGUACAGACGGCAAACAGCGUCAGGAAUCAAGGAUCGAUACCAAAGUUGUAGCUUUCAAGCGUAAAGGCCUACAACAACAUAAUGAAACACUCAGUCUUAGGUUUGUCUCGAAGCAGAGAGGGCUCAAGCGGAAGGAUUGCGACAGCCGUCGUUUAUCGUAUGGCACAAAAGGAAACAGGACAAACAGUAACAAAUAAUCUCUCUUUCAUACACACACUCAAACACACACACACAUGCUCUCUUUCUAUCUCCCUCUAUCGGUAUAUAGUAACAUACGGGAUACCGUUUAUUGCUCCUAGGAUAAGAUCUAAAGUUAAAGCAUUCUCCUCAUGAGAAGUAAAGUUUUUCAAAUGUUCGUCUCAGAUCGCAGUGCUCCUCCAGCAACAAGAAUGAUAUUAGUUCCUUUUACGUCUGUUUUUUUUACAGCCAGUCCACAGAAUCUUCCAUUUGUUGUUGAUUAUAGCUGUAUUUUCAUAGCCGAAAAGGCAGGUUCCACGAUUUUGCACCAAUCAGUUAAAAUAAUAGACUAUGUUUUCCAUGUGAAAUUACAUGCUGCACAAAAGUGCAGCAACAAGUAGGAAGCAGUAAACAUGAUGUAGAAGUUGAGAUUUGCGUAGCAACGUAGAAUUUACUGGAGUUGUUCUUUUUUCCUGUAUUAGCAUGGCAGGUGCUCACUGUAGGAGGGAUAAUCGCUCAACAUUAAGGAAACUAAAGUGCAUUUUCAUAAUAAAUAGAUAUUGAGUGAAUCUGGAUGCGUAUGAAGUUACAGUGAGAUGAGUUCGGUUUUGUGACUGUCGCAGUACUAGCAUUCGAUUUUGGUUUAGUUCUAGUACUGCCGCAGUACCAAACCGAACCAAUGGUGGACGGUGUGUUUUGGGAUCUCAGUAAACCGGAAAACCAACCACCCAAAGCGGAAUGAUUUUACAUUAAAAUUAUUCUAACGUAUGAAGCAACCUUCGUAGGUCUAGAGAAUACAACACGUAACAAACAAGAAAUCAGCCAAAGUUAUCGACUAACGAACUAACCAGAGUUCAGUAACAGAACCCAGCAGAUACACGCAGAAAGAGAAUAGUCAGUAAAGAAAGUAAGAACACAGUGGUAACUCUUAUAGACACAUUUAAUAUUCUAUGAAUUUAGCGCUCUCUUCCGGAUCACUUCCUGCUAACGUAUAUUUAGUUUGGUUGCUCUUCCAACACGCAGCGAGAGUAAAGUAAGCCUAAGAAAAUGUCGACCCGUGUGUAUAAAAGUACAGACUCUUUCUCCUACCCGCUGCCCUAUUAUAAGGAAUCAAAUAAUACUCGAAUGCUCUCCUUUUAGAAUACUUCAACAGAAACUCUACUAGAGCGCAUCAUGCACAAAACAGACGCGAAACAAACAGUGGAUAUUAUCGUAUUUUAACGUUAAAUUCAUUGAGAUUAAGUUUUACGUUUCCUACUUGAACGCUCCCCGCUGUUGUACUCCACGAUUGAAUUGACUCAGUAAAACAUAUCGCGAUUUUAGUUUGACGGUAGAUGCCGUUCGUGUAAGCAGAUAUUUAAGGUGAAAGCUGAUAUUUUUUUGAUUUUUAUUUAGUCAUACAUGAUUAGGUUAGGAUACUGUAGUAGCUGUUGUAUCGUAGUAGGCGGAAUAUCGAGUCAUCACAGAGAAACAAAUCACACAAAUAGUAGCGUAGGUUAAAAAUCAGGGCAUUCUAUUGGUUGUAAGAUGUGUUUUAGUCGAAUAAGUUGUUUCUUCGUUUACCGUUUCCUCGAGUAGCUUUAAUGAGACUUGAUCGAACACUAGCCUGAUCGUACUGUAGUUGUACCGGUGAGAAACUAGUUGGUCCUGGUUGUUUGGAUUGUAUGACGUUCUGAUCAGGAGGCUGUCGGAUACUGAGAAUUGGUAACACCUUUCUGGUUAUCGAUGUUUAAGUAUAAUUGUAAAAUUUAAGGUUCUUUCUUGGUUCUAUUUCUGUUUUGACAAUUUGUUGAUACUGUGACUGCAUGGCGAAAUGCGGCCGUGACGCUUCAAUGUACAUGAAACCGAAACGUUUUUACGGGUAAUUUAGAACCGAACGCUUUCGACACGGCAAACUGGAUUCUACUAAAAAAUGAAGUGAUCACAAAGUAGGUAAAAACUACAAACUAAUUAUUGCUAACACCUCUGUCAAAAAGUAUUUCUGUCAAACCGUAUAAUCAGUAACGCAAAAAGCAUGGCAUGCUUUUCGCACACUCAAGGAGUCAAGGAUGCCACAUUGAAAUCUGUGUUUCAGUCAAAAACAUCUUUUUACUGUCUGUGACGUCUAGAACUGAAAAAAAACCAUGUGAAAUUUCCAAAACAUCUGUGAAAAAUCCGAAUAUAUUCCAAAUUCUGUGAAAAUUUGUGAACUAUUCAUAAAAAUGCCAAAAAUCGAAACUGUGACACAUUACAGAAAAAUUUGUGAAUGUGGUAACCCUGAUCUGAGCAUAAAGCCUACAUGCACAGUUACAAUGCAAUGAAAGUAUGUCUAAAAGUUUGAAAAUUAUUCAAAAUGAAGCCUCUGAAGUGCAGUGAGGAUAGUUGGUAUAGUUCAAAAAAGAGAAAAGUGUAAAUUUGUUGAUUGCAUGGAAUAACUAACCAUCCAAUUCAGAUUGUUAUUGUCAUCAAACCUUUAUCUUUCUAACUAUCUCUUUCUGUUUACUAUUUGUUUCUACGAAAAUGACUUCAAGUCUGAGACACCUCCUGCAUAGAACGUUGAUUUCUAUACUUUCUAUACUAAACUUCUAGCUUCUCCGAUUCAAAAUCUUUCAAUUUGUGUUAGAAUUGAAAAUUUUAAUUGACAGCUCUGAACUAUUAGUUCGUUUGAAAAAAAUCUAUUCAACCUCUACACUCCAAACUUGGACUAGUUUCAACCCAUCAAAUGAGCAACCGAACAGUUACCCGGAGUAGCAAUCUUUGAGAUGUGUAAAAAUACCUAUCUCCGUGCACCAAGCGAGAAUUAUGAUACGUGAACGUAUCCAAAUCUUUCGUUCCCAUAGUAACGGCACCGCAAUGAUUACUGUCAAAAAAUUCCGCGACUACUAGAAUCUAGGAUAUCUCGAACGGGGCCACUCGUUGAGAUAAAACAAACAGCUCAAACAAAGCGAAACAAACUGAAACAUUUGCGAUAAUCGAUUGAGAAAGAUAAGUUAAACCAAAAUAUUAGAACGCUAACUAGAGUUAUUAGUAGGACUAAGCGGUAGGGUAAAACGAGUACAGAACGGGAAACCCAAAGUAGGUAGCGGAGUGAACUCAAACUCACUCUCCAGAAACAAAAGAAGCGUGUCUUUAAGAACGCGCAAAGCCAUAUUCGAUGUAAGUUCAGAAAAGUGUUUUGUUUUAGUUUGUUAUAUUUUACUUUUUAUCCUCUGUCUAGACUAGAACUUUCAAAAAUAGUGCAUAGUUAAAAACCUUACAAAUAUCUAUAUAUUUCUAGUGACGAUAGAUGUCUAUGUCUUUCUUAGUAUUGUUCCCUUGCAGCUGGAAGCCAGUGUUGAAUCGAGCUUACUCUGCUUUCCGCGUCAGAUUUUCCGUACAAAGUUAGUGACGUCGUCGGCUCUCAUAACCGCGCUCUUGUUUUUCCGAAUCUAAAAGAAAUCCACGAAUCUCUGAUCGGUAGUGGCUUGAUUAUUUUUUUUGUCUGAAACACAACACGUUUACCAGUAGCUUCCCUGUUUGAUGGAGAUUUGUAUAAUCGAAAUGUUUGUGUGUAAAUAGUCGAGUGUCUAUAUUUUUGUCUCUUAACAAACAAGCAAAUUUAAAUUCCGACAUUUUACCAGCUCGAAAUCGUGAAAAUGUUUUCCAUCUACCAGUUAGUAUAGACCAGCAGAAGCGUAGCAGCUUGUAGCCGAUGGCACAAAAGAAAUUAGAAAGAGUAGGGAAAAAAUCCAGCAAGGAAACAGUGAAGUAGCUUUAAACUAAACUCUUCCAAUGGAGACAGAGAUUUUUAGAAGUUCGAAAUGCAUCACAUUUUCACAAAAAGCACACACGAAUCCAUACAAAGAUCAACAGUCGCCAGGAAAUUAGAACAAAGUAAUCCUAGGUAUGGUCUGAAUGAGGUUGAAAAUGGCGAACAGAAACGCAAAAUGGUAAGCUCAAAUAUAUUGUCACAAAAUACAAAUAAUCUUAGUGCUUAGAAAAGUCAAUAAAAAUAUAAAAAAAAUACAAAAAAAUCAACAAAUUAAAACUAGUAAUAGUGGUAAUUUUAAACCCAAACGAGAAAGUCAAACACUUCUCAUAUUCGCCAAAUUAUUAUUACUAUAUGACAAAGUAUAUUAAUUAAAAUAUUAUAAAAAAACUCUAAUUAUAGUGUUACAGAAGGAAAAGGCAGCAAACCCAUGAACGAGGAAACCAAAAUACAAAUAGACAGACAAAAAAAAACAGCCGUAGACUCAAAAUAGUAAUGCAACCAGAAUCAAACGAUUACUUCCUUUCUAAAAAAGAAACUAGGCAUCAUUCGUGGCAUCGGAAAGCAAGCUAACACACACACAUACACAAAAACACUGAAAGUCACACGGCUUAACCGAUUAAGAAAACACAAACACUCACGUUCUCGCGCGAACAACUGAUCAAAAUCGACAAGUCUAAAUUCCCCCGAAACAAAGCAAGCAAGAUGAUAAGAUACGAAUGUGUAAACCAAGGAAACCAAUCCUAUUUGAAAAUCUUCUAGGACCUAAAAGAAACAUAAAAAAUAUUAAAGAAAUACCACAUGUUCUUCUUAUUUUGUAAUAAAAUCUCGUAAAAUGCCAAAAAA